AUGAAAGACGAAGGCUUCCGCGCGUUCUUCAAAGGCGGCCCGGCACGUAUCUUCCGCUCGUCACCGCAGUUCGGAUUUACGCUUGCUGCCUAUGAGGUUCUGCAGAAAUGGCUACCGCUUCCUGGCAGUCAUGCAGAAGAAGUUACUCCCAUCGGCCACAUCGAGCCGGGGUUGGGUCAGCGGGCGACAGGGCCUCUGCCGUAUAUCCGGUCGCGGAACGCGCUGAAACUCAUUCUUGAUUUGGAUGAGAACUUUGGCCGGAUCAAGGUGCCCAAGGGCGCGGCGUUGCCUGGUGGUGCUGCAUGA